AUGCUCCCCGCCACCGCAGCAGCCAUUGCUGCGCACAACAAAUCAACUGGCUCAGUGCUAGAUAACGCCUUCAGAGAUUCGGACGUCCCUGUCUCAGCCUCUUCAGAUGAGGUGGAAAUUCUGCCAAUUGGUAGUGGAGGGGAAGUUGGCCGUUCCUGUGUUAUUCUUCGCUACAAGGGACGCUCCGUGAUGCUGGAUUGCGGAAAUCACCCGGCGAAGAGUGGCCUAGAUUCUCUUCCCUUUUUUGACAGUAUUCGCUGCGAUGAGAUUGACGUUGUGCUUAUCACUCACUUCCACCUCGAUCAUUGUGGGGCGCUGCCCUACUUUUGCGAGCAAACCGCCUUUAAAGGGCGUGUUUUCAUGACAAGCGCAACCAAGGCCUUUUACAAGAUGGUGAUGAAUGACUUUUUGCGUGUCGGUGCAAGUGCCAACGAUAUUGUGACAAACGAAUGGUUGCAAAGCACCAUUGAAAAGAUUGAAACGGUAGAAUAUCAUGAGGAGGUUACGGUUAAUGGUAUUCGCUUUCAACCCUUCAAUGCGGGCCAUGUCCUUGGAGCGGCGCUUUUUAUGGUUGACAUUGCCGGUAUGAAAGCACUUUACACUGGGGAUUUUUCCCGCGUUCCGGAUCGCCAUCUGUUGGGCGCGGAGGUGCCAACCUACUCACCCGAUAUUCUUAUUGCGGAGAGUACAAAUGGAAUACGUGAACUGGAGUCACGUGAAGAACGAGAAACACUCUUUACCACAUGGGUUCAUGAUGUUGUAAAGGGUGGAGGACGUUGCCUGGUGCCCGUAUUUGCGCUGGGUCGUGCUCAGGAGUUACUUCUUAUUCUUGAAGAAUAUUGGGAAGGACAUAAGGAAUUGCAGCAUAUUCCUAUUUACUACGCCUCUUCGCUGGCGCAACGAUGCAUGAAAUUAUAUCAGACAUUUGUUAGCGCUAUGAACGACCGUGUGAAGCAGCAGCAUGCGAAUCAUCGUAAUCCAUUCGUCUUUAAAUAUAUUCACUCCCUUGUGGACACACGUUCCUUUGAAGACACAGGUCCAUGUGUUGUAUUGGCCUCACCUGGCAUGCUGCAAUCUGGGAUUUCACUGGAACUUUUUGAGCGAUGGUGCGGUGAUAGGCGAAACGGUAUCAUUGUUGCCGGGUAUUGCGUUGAUGGCACCAUCGCGAAGGAUAUUCUUGCAAAACCGAAGGAAGUCACAAAGCCAGAUGGAAGAGUGCUACCUCUUCGCAUGCGUACCAUUCAGUCUGUCUCCUUCUCUGCUCACUCAGAUGGCAGACAGACGCGUGACUUUAUUCAGGCUCUACCCAAGACACAACAUGUGAUUCUUGUUCACGGAAAUGUUGGCGCCAUGGGUCAGCUGAAGAAUAAACUUCAGCAGGACUUUGCAGAGCGUGGAAUGAAGGUCUACUCCACAAAAAAUCAGGAGGCCAUACGCAUUCCCUUCACUGUGCAGCGCACAGCUAAAGUGAUGGGAGCAUUGGCAACAGUUCCUGCAAGAAACGGGGACUUUGUUAGUGGCGCAUUACUCGUCUCCGGGAAGCACUCAUACAGCAUUGUGCACCCCAUCGAAAUUCCACUUUUUACAGACCUGAACGUGGCACAGAUUCAGCAGGCCAUGGUGCUGCCCCUACCUCGUUACAAAUCGGCACUUGAAGUACUAGAAGUUUUGCAGCGUUACUUUGCUCAGAGUCAAAUGUUCGAGGGGGUCACCCCGCAGCAGCAAGAUGUAGUGCCUGAGGAAAUUAACGGACGUGAAGUUGAUCACACUACAAGCACCACUCGUAUUACGGUCUGUGAUAACGUGAGCGUGGAUGUGCAGCAAAGUGCCAGGUCUCAAACGACAUUGACUAUUACUUGGACAUCGAGUCACCGCAAUGAUCUUAUUGCGGACGUCACGUGCAUUGCCUUGACAAAAAUUAUGCACAUUGAGCAUGGUACUGAUAGUACGGAUCCUCUUCCUGUUGAAAUUUCUGGGAGUGAUCGCAUUUUCCGUUUGAAGUGCUUUCAUCACAUGAUGUCCCAGUUUUACCCCUCGGUUAUUACAAACCUUGGAACAGGUGUUUGCACGUUGGAGCUUGAGGAUGGGCAAACUGCAAUCAUCACCGAUUGCAUUGAAAUUGAAUUGGAGGAUAACAAAAAAGCAAACUACUUCUCUGCCGAUGUGGAGCGGCUUAAAACAAUUUUGAAGCGGGUGUAUCUAACUCUUUUUCCCAUUCCUGUCGACCAGGGUUGGUGUGAUUGCGGUAUGAUUCACGGAGCAGAGCCUCUUCCAGAAGAAGCUGUAUAA